GAGAAGAAACGCGAAAGAGAAAGAAGAAAGGAAGUAAGGGAAAAGCAAAGCAUUGGAUUGGCAUUGGAUUGCUAUUGCUAUUGCAAUUGCAAUUACUGUUGUUAUUGCUAUUGGUGGUUCACCGUUCCUCUCUCUCUCUUUCUCUUUCUCUUUCUCUCUCUCUCUUCCUCUCUCUUCUGCCAUCUCCAACUCUGAUGCAACUUCCAUCUCUCACUUUCACCCUAAUCCAAAUCUCAAUCCUCGAUCGCUUCUCUUUCCUCUCAACCACAUUUCCCUUUCACUCCCAAUUCUCACAUUCUAGGGUUACUCCGCCUUCCCAUUUCUCAACUUUACUCAUCAUUUUCUCAUUAUCUAAUCCAAUUCCACCCUCAAUUUACGCCUAAUUCACCACUUAGCUUCUUUAUUUAUUAUUCUUUCUGUUAAUGGAGAAUAACUUCUGCUGAUUCCCAAGUCUCAGAUCUCGUUACUUUUACAUGGAUUGGGGUUUAACUAUCCCUUCCGCUACGCUCGAUUUCUGUAGCUGUCUUCAUACAAUGCGAUUGGAGAAGUAUUCAUGAGUUCUGAUGAGACCUUGCUAUUGGAUUCGGAUCCGCGCCCUGUGAUUGUUCACCGCCGCGGGAAAUCGGGUUCCCGGACCUACCUCUGUGGCCAUGGUUCCUUCUCGUCUUCCGUGUUCGAGGCGGCUAUUGCUGACAUCAGCGAUUUGGACGUGAAGGAGCGAAACAAGGAGGUUUUGUCUGGCGAUUGCAGCUUCCAGACUGCGUCGUUUAGUAAUAGUAACAGCUCUGAUAGGUGUGCUGUUGAGUCGAAGUUCCCCUGGCAGUUUCCCUUGGAAUGCUCCACGCGCGAGAAGAGGCGCUCGGCAUCGUGGGGUGCAAUGGAACUGCAUGGUGCUGAUAACCGGAGUGUUCCCUUUGAGAUAUCCGGAGCUUCGUCUCAUGUGCAGGAUAGGUUGAAUAGUAAAUCGCAGAGGAUUAGGCACAGGAGUGUGCAAUUUGAUGAUCCUGCUUUUCAGGAGGAUGGUGCCAGGUUGAUCUAUAUUAAUGAUCCCAGGAAGACCAACGACAAGUAUGAGUUCACUGGGAACGAGAUCCGAACUAGUAGAUACACCUUUGUUACCUUUUUGCCCAAGAAUCUUUUCAUUCAGUUUCAUAGGGUUGCGUAUCUGUAUUUCCUUGCUAUUGCAGCGCUCAAUCAACUUCCUCCACUGGCUGUGUUUGGGAGGACUGUGUCUCUUUUUCCUCUGUUGUUUGUGCUUUGUGUCACGGCUAUUAAGGAUGGCUAUGAGGAUUGGCGGCGGCACAGGUCAGAUCGCAAUGAAAACAACCGGGAGUCUCUGGUGCUUCAGUCCGGUGAUUUCCGAUCGAAGAAGUGGAAAAAAGUACAAGCUGGGGAGGUUGUUAAGAUCUUUGCUGAUGAGACAAUUCCGGCUGAUAUGGUCUUGUUGGGGACGAGUGAUCAAAGUGGGCUUGCCUAUAUUCAGACCAUGAAUUUGGAUGGAGAGUCAAAUUUGAAGACAAGGUAUGCUAGGCAGGAAACAGCUUCGGUGGUUACUUCGGAAUCUUGUGAUGUUUUUGGGGUAAUUAGGUGUGAGCAACCGAACCGGAAUAUUUAUGAGUUCACUGCCAACAUGGAGUUCAAUGGACUUAAGUUUUCCCUUAGCCAGUCAAACAUUGUUCUCCGUGGCUGCCAGCUUAAGAACACGGAUUGGAUAAUUGGUGUUGUAGUUUAUGCAGGGCAGGAAACAAAAGCAAUGCUGAACAGCGCAGCUUCUCCUUCCAAGAGAAGCAGACUUGAAAGUUACAUGAACAGAGAAACCCUUUGGUUGUCUGUUUUUCUUUUUAUCAUGUGUUUGGUUGUGGCCAUUGGGAUGUGUCUUUGGCUGGUACGCCACAAGAACCAGCUAGAUACCUUGCCUUACUACAGAAAAAGAUACUUCACCAACGGACCCGAUAAUGGAAAGAAAUACAAGUAUUAUGGGAUUCCGAUGGAAGCAUUUUUCUCCUUCUUGAGUUCUGUUAUAGUGUUUCAGAUAAUGAUACCAAUAUCUCUUUACAUCACAAUGGAGUUGGUUCGAUUGGGUCAGUCAUACUUCAUGAUUGAAGACAGGGAUAUGUAUGAUGCCAGCUCUGGGUCAAGGUUUCAGUGUAGAUCAUUAAAUAUAAACGAAGAUUUGGGUCAAAUACGCUAUAUAUUUUCGGACAAGACUGGAACACUCACAGAAAACAAAAUGGAAUUCAAGAGGGCCAGCGUACAUGGGAAGAAUUAUGGAAGCUCCUUGAAUGUUGUUGAUAAUACAGCUGUGGAUGUUACUCCUAAACGCAGAUGGAAGCUCAAAUCUGAACCUGUAGUGGAUUCUGAACUGAUGAUGAUGUUACGGGAAAACUCCAAUAGAGAAGAAAGAGUUUCUGGUCAUGAGUUUUUCCUUACACUGGCUGCUUGUAACACCGUAAUCCCUAUACUUGGUGAUGGUGGAUUUUCCAGACAUGGAACAAAUGAAUUAAAAGAUGAUAUUAGAUGCAUUGAUUACCAGGGAGAAUCUCCUGAUGAACAAGCUCUAGUUUCUGCAGCCUCUGCAUAUGGAUAUACUCUUUUUGAACGUACAUCAGGACAUAUCGUUAUUGAUGUCAACGGUGAGAAACUCAGAUUGGACGUAUUGGGUCUGCAUGAGUUUGAUAGUGUGCGAAAGAGAAUGUCUGUUGUUAUUCGGUUUCCUGACAAUGCGGUAAAGGUGUUAGUCAAAGGUGCUGACACUUCAAUGUUUAGCAUUUUGGAAAGUGGCAGUGAGAGUAAUAUUAACAUACUGCACACAACUCAGAGCCAUCUGAACGAGUAUUCUUCACAAGGUUUGCGCACUCUUGUGAUUGGCUCCAGGGAUCUUUCUGAUGCUGAACUUGAGGAGUGGCAAAGCUGUUAUGAAGAGGCAAGCACUUCGUUGACCGACAGAGCUACUAAACUAAGGCACACAGCAGCUCUUAUAGAAAGCAAUUUAAAGUUACUUGGAGCAACUGGAAUUGAGGACAAGCUACAGGAGGGAGUACCAGAAGCCAUUGAGGCUCUACGGCAAGCUGGAAUCAAGGUCUGGGUUCUUACUGGUGAUAAGCAAGAGACAGCAAUUUCAAUUGGUCUUUCCUGCAAACUUCUUAGUGGAGAUAUGCAGCAGAUUAUUAUAAAUGGCAUUUCAGAGGUUGAAUGUAGAAGUCUUCUGGCUGAUGCUAAAGCCAAAUAUGGCGUGAAAUCUUCAAGUGGAGGUCGUCGCAGUUCGAAACACAAAACCAAUGCUGGACAUGGAGAUCUUGAUAUUCCCAAUGGUUUCCCCAAAUGGAAUCCUGGAAAGGAAGAUGGCACUAUUGCUCCAUUGGCACUUAUAAUUGAUGGCAACAGUUUGGUUUAUAUUUUGGAGAAGGAACUGGAGUCAGAGCUUUUUGACCUGGCAACUUCCUGCAAGGUUGUGCUUUGCUGUCGUGUUGCGCCCUUGCAAAAGGCAGGAAUUGUUGAUCUGAUCAAGAGCCGGACAGAUGAUAUGACACUGGCUAUAGGCGAUGGGGCCAAUGACGUGUCAAUGAUCCAAAUGGCAGAUGUUGGUGUAGGAAUAUGUGGGCAGGAAGGGCGCCAAGCAGUGAUGGCUUCAGAUUUUGCAAUGGGACAGUUUCAGUUUUUAAAAAAAUUACUUCUGGUUCAUGGGCACUGGAAUUAUCAGCGUGUUGGCUAUUUAGUUCUGUACAACUUCUACCGCAAUGCUGUCUUUGUGUUGAUGUUAUUUUGGUAUAUAUUAUGCACGGCUUUUUCUACAACUUCUGCAUUGACAGAUUGGAGUAGUGUUUUCUAUUCUGUGAUAUACACAUCUGUUCCUACUAUUAUUGUUGGUAUUCAGGAUAAGGACUUGAGUCACAGGACACUCUUGCAGUUUCCUAAGCUGUAUGGUUCAGGUCACAGGCAAGAAGCGUACAAUAUGCAACUUUUUUGGAUCACUAUGAUUGAUACAGUAUGGCAGAGCCUUGUUCUUUUCUACAUCCCAUUGUUCACCUAUAAGGACAGUUCAAUUGACAUAUGGAGCAUGGGCAGUUUAUGGACAAUUGCAGUUGUUAUCCUUGUAAAUGUGCACCUUGGUAUGGACAUUAACCGUUGGGUAUUAAUUACUCAUGUUGCAAUCUGGGGUUCAAUAAUCAUUACGUACGGUUGCAUGGUGGUAUUGGAUUCAAUACCUGUCUUUCCCAAUUACUGGACUAUUUAUCAUCUGGCAAGUUCCCCUACAUAUUGGAUAACAAUUUUGCUUAUAAUUAUUGUGGCAUUGCUCCCUCGCUUUAUAUGUAAAGUUGUCUAUCAAAUUUUUUGGCCUUCGGACAUCCAGAUAGCUAGAGAAGCUGAUUUAAUGAGAAAACGACAUGCUACUUUGCGGCCAAGGCUUCAAGUUUCCAGUUAACAUGUGUUACUGUCCCGUGUCUUGUAGAAAUUACAGAAAUCUCAAUUGAAGUGGCUUCCCUUAUAUUUUUCCAUCACAAUGCAUUCUUGUGAGAGUUGGUUGCACAAGUUACAAGGAUAGAUCAAGAAAUUGCCUAAGGAAUGGUAGAAUGCAUAGACAUGCAUAAUGUUCAAGAAUUAUAGCACAAGUUGAGAGAUGGUGAAGCAGACUGCUGUGGUGUAAGACAAAUGGUGGGCAUCGAAAUAGUAACGGAUUAUGUCGUUGGGAAGCACAAGGCCAAGGUUGGCAUAUAGCUUGCCUGGUUUUUCAAAUGCCUCGGGUCAAGACAGAAAGGUAAAUAGAUGGAAGUUGGACAGACUGAGUCAUCAAGAAUUUGAUGUGGGUGGAAUUUUAGUGGCGACAUGUUAAUAAUGAUCCACGAUUUAUAAAAAAUAGUGUGGGAGAGAAUAGAGUGUAACUAAGUGUACUAUAGUUCUGUAAAAAUCAGGCUUGAAAACGUCCUUUAAAAGGAUAAUAUCUCAGGGCAUAAUGAAAAGAAAGAAAAGGUAAUUUUUACAA